UGUACGAUGUUGCACUGCCUUAUCAAGAAUGUUGUAUUACGCUCUUCAUGGAAUGAACUAGUUUUUGACUUUUCUAAUUUUAAAGCUGGGUUUGACAUUCUGUGUUUAUUUAUAUUAAAGACGUGGUUUCAGAAUGCUAUAGAGUGGAGGAAUCAUGUAUUGUUAGAAUCGAAUUAUAAAGAGCUAGAUUUAAGAUUAACACCAGAAGAAGAAGAAACUGUUCGCUAUGUAGCUGGGUUUAUUCCAUUUUCAUUGCGAAAAAUGUAUUCUAAUCGUAAAGACACUGAUUUAACCAAAGCUGUAUUAGACUUAAUUAAGUCAUGGGAAUCAGAUUCUGAUAAUAAAUCAUUAAAUAAAACGUUUUUAGAAUAUACUAGAGGUUGGACAGAUAGAAUAAAUUGAGGUGGACUGUUUUCCGUAAAUGACGAUUUUUAUAUAUUCAUUCGAAGGGUUGAGAAUGUUGCCAGGACGGUAUUGAACUCUCACCUAAUUAUCAAAUAUAAAGGUGAAGAUCUAAGAGAUGUUUUAAUGAAAAAAUUUCAAUCAAGUUUUCUUAUCGAUUUGAGUUGGACAUCGCUUACCAAAAAUGUUGAAUGUGAACCUUUAAAGGAUUUAUUAAAAGAAAUUAUACUUUGAAAGUGGGUGAGCAUACGUACGCGCUCAUUUUUAAAAGCCUGGGUCCGAAUAAUAAAUAGAAAAGGUGGAAAAAUAGGAAACAAUGUAUCAGAAAAAGGUGAACCGGCAUUAAGAAAAACAUUGCAUAAAAAGAAAAACAAUUUAAAGCAAAAUUAGAUAUUAGCAAAGUUAAUUUUAAAAACUUUUUUUAAACUUAAAAUCUCGAGUUCUUAAUACAAAAGGGGUGGAAAUAAGAAGAUUGGUGGCAGUUCUAUUCUAGAUUUAAUAAAUGGGGUAGUGGGGGUUAAAAAUAGGGAGGUGAGAAUUUUUUAUUUAAAAAUUUUAGUUCAUAUAUCCAAACUAAUAUUUUUACAAACAAA